AUGUUAGCAGCCGAUUAUCAUGUCGGGUGGAUCUCUGCACUACCGCUAGAAGAGGCCGCGGCUCUGGACAUGCUCGACGAAAGGCACGGCAACAUUCAACAGGCGACCCAUGACACCAAUAAUUACAUUUUGGGCCGAAUUGGUCCACACAAUGUAGUCAUCGCAUGUUUACCUCAAGGAGUUAUCGGUCCCGUAUCGGCAGCUUCUGUAGCCAUCCCCAUGCGCGCCACCUUUCCCUCUCUUAAAUUCAUCCUGCUUGUGGGAAUUGGUGGUGGUGUCCCCACAGCACAGCAUGACAUUCGACUAGGAGAUGUCGUUGUGAGCCGCCCAACCGGACAAUUCGGUGGCGUGGUUCAAUACGACUUUGGAAAGACCCUCCAUCAAGGACACUUUGUUCGAACCGGCUCACUCAAUCGUCCCCCUGACCUAUUGUUGAAUGCUGUCUCAAGUUUAGAAGCUCAACAUCUCAGCCAAGGAGGGUCUCAAAUCAGUGCCAUCCUAGAAGAUGUCGUCCGGAGGAACCCACGGCGAGGCAAGGCUUGCAGGUAUCCAAAUGCCGACAAAGACGAAUUGUUUGAGUCAUCUUACGCCCACCAAAUCUCGGAGAGCGCCCUCUGCAAAGCUUGUGACCGCGGUAGGCUUGUCAAUCGGCCACGUCGCCACGGAACUCAUCCCGCCAUACACUAUGGCUUGAUUGCAUCAGGCAGCCAAGUUAUCCGAGAUUCGAUUAUGAGGGAGCGUCUCAGUGCAGAACUAGAUGUUCUCUGCUUUGAGAUGGAAGCUGCUGGAUUGAUGAACUAUUUUGACUGCUUAGUUAUUCGAGGCAUUUGCGACUACUCGGAUUCACACAAAAACAAGCGAUGGCAGGAGUAUGCAGCCGCCACAGCCGCCGCUUACGCGAAAGAGCUUUUGUGGAUGAUACACCCACCAGCCUCCUUCCAACAAAUCAUGCCUGAUAGGACUUCUGGUGACAGAGGGGGCAUCAGUGCUCAGUACAUCCAAGAGGACUCGUUUCAAGAAGGACAUGCGUCUGGUUUUGAUGCCAGGUUUCCGACGGCAACUAGAUUCCACUCGGCUGCCGACGAAUCAGCAUGUCUCCGGUCGCUUUGGUUUAGGGAGAUGGGUGGUCGCCGAGACAACAUUGAUCGUGCGGCCGAGGGAACCUGCUCCUGGCUGGCAGAACACCCGGACUAUCAGCGAUGGGCUUCACAGAAUCAUGGCUUCCUCUGGAUAACAGGAAACCCGGGUAGUGGCAAGAGUGUCCUUCUUGACACGCUGGUAAGCAGGGUCGAUAGCCUCAGGGACAAGAAGGUUAUUGUAGCUUCAUUUUUCAUCCAUGGCCGGGGCACCCAGAUACAAAAAUCCCCUGUUGGACUAUAUCGGUCUAUUCUGCAUCAGAUUCUGACAAAGGCCGAGAUCUUACUAACAGAGCUAACAAGCACUUUCGUGUUGAAUCAGCAAAAUCAGGGUGAAUAUGGACACGCUUGGGCGUGGCACGAAAAGGGUUUGUUCGACUUCCUCCAUGAUCGAGUGAAGCGAUAUGCUAGACACUCUAUCAAGAUCUUCAUCGAUGCCUUGGACGAAUGUGGCGAAGAAACUGCAAGGAAGCUUUCAGCAGAACUCUGGAGCCUGACGACCCCGACUUCGGGGUCCCAAUCGGCAAUCAGCGUGUGUAUCACCUGCCGUCACUAUCCAGUCAUGGAUCUAUAUGGUGCACCUGAGAUCUGCGUCGAAACUCAAAAUUCUGGCGACAUUGCUAGAUUUGUGCAGGGCCGUCUCGCGUUGGUCUUUAAGAACAAAGACUCGCGAGGAGAUGUGGAGACCGAAAUACUGCGCAAAGCUGCCGGAAAUUUCCUAUGGACGGCCCUUAUCCUCGAACAAACAACCCGUAAAGGACGUCACGGCUAUAGUUUGGGAAAGAUUCGCAAAGAAAUUCAAAACAGCUCCCCGGAGCUUAGCCAGAUAUACAAAGACGCGUUGACAAAAAUACCACCUGAGGACAGGAUGGAUGCAAUGCAUCUCUUCGAGUGGGUAUGCCUUGCCGAGGAGCCGCUUUCCCCAGUCCAGAUGCGCUAUGCAAUGGCCUUUGACCCGCUUGCUCCGGUGAGGACUAUUGCAGCAUGGGAGGAUUCAGAAACAUUUUAUGAGACCGACGGACAAACAGAAACGCUGAUAAAAGCGAUAUCUGGUGGCCUCGUCGAGAUUGUCGAAGGAGGCGGCAUCAUUCAGUGCAUUCAUCAGUCUGUCAAGGACUAUCUCCUGCAGCAAGGCUUGGAGGAUCUCGAGAGCUCUAUCAGCCAAGAACCAUCGAGUUCCGGUCUUGGCUCUAUCCUAUCACAAGCUCAUGAGCUCAUCUUCAAAUGCUGCAUGCAUUAUAUCCUCACGGACGAAAUUCUCCGGCUUCCCGUCAAAGAGGAGGAGGUUCCAAAGGAUCAGUAUCCCCUCAUUCAGUAUGCUGUGUCUAGGUGGCCCACGCAUCUGAAAAAAGCCGACCUCGAUGGUAGACUACAGAGAGAACUUUUGACAUACUUCGAAUGGCCCUCUCGGACUCGCCUGGACCAAUGGCUAUCACUAUGCUGCCUGGAUUCUCGUGCUUGUGUUCUCCCACCAGGAGCACACUUACUGCAUCUUGCUGGUUAUUAUAACCUCUGUCAUGUCAUAGAUGCCGUUUUUGACAACAACCCAUACGACGAGGUUGAUGCUAGAGAUGCCAAUGGAUGUACCCCUCUUAUCUGGGCGGCAAAGAAUGGACAUGCCGAGGCGACGAAGUGCUUCGUCCGCCGCGGGGCAGACGUCAACUCUUUUGAUGCGCAACGACAUUCGUCCUUGUGGUGGGCUUUAAAUCGCGGUCAUUUGGAGGUAGCGGAAAUCUUAGUCCAACAGGGAGCAGAUGUUAAUUUACAAGACGAAGCGGGCCGCACAGCGUUAUUCUGGGCAUCAUAUAAUCAGGACGAAGCGUCGGUCGAUUUCUUGCUAUCCAGAAACGCAAAUCCCAACAUAAAGAACAGUCAAGGAAGGUCACCGCUCCAUGCUUCUCACGCUUAUUGGCAGAGUAGGGGGGAAAUGCUAAGAAGAUCUCACGCGAUUGCACGGAAACUGCUUGAGAAGGGCGCACAACCAAGCAAGGAGUCAUCCGAGGGUGAGGUCCUGCUGCAAUGGGCUCUGCGUCUCAACAUGCAUGACAUUAUCGAUCUCAUCUUGAAAGUUGACCAAUUUGCCCACGAUGCUAGCCGAAGAGCGCUGGCCUUUUUGCAGGCCUUGCAUACACGGAAUCUCUCGGCCGCCUUCAAGUUUGCCAAUGCUGGGAUCAAUGCCCAAAGGUUCACAGACUUCAGUGGCGAGACACCCAUCGCCUACGUCCUUGGGAUGAAUUGCCAAGCGAUUGCCGAAGUAUUACUUGAGAAAAAGAACUGUGACCCCAACGGUCGCGGGUCCAGAGGAAUUACUCCUCUCAUUGCUACUGCACAACGGGGACUUGUUGUCAUGAUGAAGUCUCUUAUCACUCUGGGUGCCGAAGUGGAUCUCGCCGACUUUGAAACCCGAACCGCUUUGUCAUUUGCUGCAGAGGGCGGAUAUUUAGAUGCUGCUCGCCUACUCAUUGAAACGCAUGCUGACCUAAAUUUGAGCGACAAAAAGGGGAAAACACCGCUGAUGUGGGCAGCUGAGCAUGGGCAUGCUCAUGUGGUCGAUCUACUCGUCCAAAAGGGCGCAAAUCUAGAAGCUCAAGAUUCUUUGGAAUGUUCGGUACUAUUUUGGGCGGCGAGAGGUGGGAAGAGUGCUGUGAUGAAGUCACUGGGUGGUGUGGACAAGGAGCACCGGAAUUCACUGGGUCAAACUGCCCUCUGGUGGGCUAUAAUGCAUCACCAGAUCGAUGCUGCAAGAUGCCUACUUGUCUCCGGCGCCAACGCCAACCCAACCGAUAGGGAUGGCAGCAGUCUCCUCUUAUGUACAGUGUCUAUUGGUUAUCUUGCUGGCGCCCAGCUUCUCCUCGAGCACGGCGCGGAUGCCAAUGCAAAGGGCCACAAGCAGCAAACGGCGCUUCUUGUGGCAACGACGAAUGGCAGCAUUGAGAUGAUACGACUGCUGCUUCGCUACCAAGCAAAUCCUGACGAAGAGGGUUUCGACGGCUAUACUCCAUUACUACUUGCGGUCAAGAAAAAUCUGGUGAUUGCCGUCGCAGUCCUUUGCGAAGUCUCGCAACUGAAUCGUGGCGACCACAAUCGGCGGACGCCACUUUUGUCAUCAGCCGUGACCAAUGGGAAUGAAACAGUUGCAAAGUGUCUGUUGGAACAUGGAGUUGACGCCAAUUGCCGAGAUAAUCGAGGGAGGACUCCAUUGUCCUUCGCUUGCGAGUAUGGGUAUGAAAGUCUCGUGAGGAUCUUGCUGGAGUACCGGGUCGAUAUCGACGCUCAGGAUCAGGAUGGCCGUACCGCCUUGUGGUGGGCGGCGGCCUAUGGCAGAACCGCCAUUCUGAAAACCUUGCUCGAGAGAAGGACCGAGAUGGAAGUGUUGGCCGAAUUGGACGAAUCGGCAUUAUUGAAAGCUGUGGAUAACGGCCAUGUCGAGGCGGCUCGGCUCCUGUUGCAACACAUGUUCGCUGCUCGUUCCGAUCCUAAAUUCAGCUCCAGGCUCCUGGGAUUGGCAACCGACAACAGCGAUCCAGCCAUGGUGUCAAUGUUGAUUCAAGAAGGGGUAGACUGUAGUCGAACCCUUCCCUCUGGUCGAACGCUGUUGUCAUGGGCUGCGAAGACCGGUUGCCUUGAUGUUCUGAAGACGUUGGACAGCCAUGGGAUUGACCUUGAGGCCCCCUGCGAUCAGCAAGGGCUUACCGCCCUUGACUUGGCCUUCCAACGCCGCCACAUGAAUGUGGUUGAGUUCUUGAUGGGAUACUCGAAAUGA